AUGAAUCGUGGUCUAUGCCAAAAGGAGAAAAAGAGACGUCGAAGAAAGAGAGAGAAAAAAAAAAAGAGAGAACUCAUAAAAUCAUUAAGAAUUUUGCAACAAAUAAACAAAACAAAUCAUUCUAAUCAAAUAAAAGAAUAUAAACAAGAAUCAAUAAUUAAAUAUAUAAAAGGACUAGGAAAAAUUAAAAAAACUAAUAACGAUAUUUUUAAAAUAACAAAUAAGCCCACAAUAUAUAAAAAAAAUUUUAACCUCACAAGACAACAAAUUCAUAAAAAUAAAAUUAUUAUUCAAAGAAAUAUUUUUCAAACUACAAUUUUUAAUAAUGCUUCUAUUCAUAAACAGGAGCACAGAAAAAUAAAAAAAUGUUCUUCUUUUAUAACAGACAAAGGAAGUAAAUCUAUAUAUACUUCCUCUACAAAAAAAAAUCAAAACAAAAAUAUUCAAAAUAUUCAAAAUAUUCAAAAUAUUCAAAAUAUUCAAAAUAUUCAAAAUGUUCAAAAUGUUCAAACAAAUUGCCAUUUACAGAAUGUAUCAAAUAACAUGAUCAUUUCAGAAGAAACAUAUUCAAUAAAAUAUAACAAUGUUAUUGAUAUACCUGGAAACUCUCUAAAAUAUAAAAAUUAUGAUAAUAAUAUGAAAAAAAAUACACAUCAAAAUAAUAGUAAUAAACAAAAUGAUAAUGAAAAUACAAGGAAUUAUAAUAAUACUUAUAUGAAUAAGGAAAUGAAUUAUAACAAUGACUCUGGAAUGAAUUCAAGCCUCAAUAAACGUAAUAACAAUAACAAUGAUUUUGGAGGAGAAGACAGUGAUAGUAGUAAUAAUAGGAAGAACAAAGAAUAUUCAUAUGAAGACAGUGAUGAAGAGGAAGAUGAAAAGGAAAAAAAAAAAAAAAAGGAAAAUAAAAAAAAAAAUGAAAGUAAAAAUGGGGAUGAUAAUAAAAAUGAAAAUGAUAAUAAAUAUAUGAAUGAUAAUAAAAAUGUGAAUGAUAAUAAAAAUGUGAAUGAUAAUAAAAAUGUGAAUGAUAAUAAAAAUGUGAAUGAUAAUAAAAAUGUGAAUGAUAAUAAAAAUGUGAAUGAUAAUAAAAAUAUGAAUGAGAAGGAUCAUAAUAAACCACGUGAAAGUUAUUCUAAUAAACAAAAUGUAUCUGAUCAUACAAGUGAACCAAAAAUUGAAACAGAAAAUAUUAAAGAAGAUGAACAAAUUCAAAAGAUAUAUUCCAAUCAUGAUAAUAAUUAUAAUAAUAAUUAUAAUAAUAAUUAUAAUAAUUAUUAUUUUAAUAAAAUUCAUCAUACUAAUAAUAGCAAUACUAAAAAUUUUCAAAACCAUAUGAAUACUUCUAACAACAGUCUUUUUAAAAAUGAUUAUAUACAACAUACUAAAGAUCUUGAAACAAAAGAAACGUGCAAAAGAUUCAACUCUAUCAGAUCUAUAUGUUCAGAUAUCGAUCAUGUAAACAAAUAUAAUCAGUGUCAUCAAAAAAAAACAAGACAUGGUACCACCUCAAGUUGCAAUGAUAAUGAAUCUGGUGUUUUUAAUAUAGCCAAUAAUGAACUCUCAUGUUUUUAUUCAAACAAUUCAGAUGUUUUGAAUUUUUUAAGUAGUAAAGAGAAAGAGAUAGAUGAUGUGCUUUCAAUGGAAGGAAGAGAAGAUGAAGAAGAAAAAGAUGAAGAUGAAGAAAAAUAUGAAGAUGAAGAAAAAGAUGAAGAUGAAGAUGAAGAAAAAGAUGAAGAUGAAGAAGAAAAAGACGAAGAAGAUGAAAACAUAAACGAACACUUUAAUUUAGACAAAGUAUAUGAUGAUAUUCUUUCAAUAUAUCAAGAUCAAAAAGACAAAAUAAAUAAAAAUGAAAGUUAUGAUCAUACACAUAAUAUUCAUUUCAAAUGUGUUCAAGAAAAUAAUGAUAUUCUAAAUACCGAUAGAUCAUAUAGGAAGGAACAAAAUAUAUAUAGUACGAAUAAUACUCAUAUAAAUAAUAAGCAAACAAAAUAUGAUGAAGAAUCUUACAUCGAAAUGAAUAAUAUUCAUACAAAUAAUAUUCAUACAAAUAAUAUUCAUACAAAUAAUAUUCAUACAAAUAAUACUCAUACAUAUAAUACUCUUACAUAUAAUACCCUUACAAAUACAAAUUCAAAAAGGAAAACAAAUCAAUGUAGUAAUAAACCAGACAUAUAUAAAAAUUCCAUUAUGAAACAAACUAGUAUGAGUGAUGUAGAAGAUGGUUGUUCAUAUUAUCAUUCAAGUUGUGAGUCUGUUUAUGAAGAUUAUGAUUGUAAUAAUAAAAUGGAUUCAUACAAUAAUACCAUUGACAUAUCUGAACACAAUCAAGAAAAUCUAUUUGUUUAUAAGGAAGAAAAUAUGUUCCUUCUAAAAAGAAAAUCAGAUAUAGAAGAGGGAGUCAAUAAUAAUGACGAUAUUAUACAUCAUAUAAAUACAAUAAAGGAUGAUAAAAAGAAGAGAAUAAAAGUUGCAAUUGUAGGUGCAGGUAUGGCUGGUUUGUCUGCUGCAUAUAUAUUAAAAAAUAAUGAUAUAGAUGUAACAAUUUAUGAAGCAUGCAAUCGAAUAGGUGGUAAAUUUUUUUAUUCUAAUGAAGUAGAUAAAAGUUAUAUAGGUCAAGUUGAUUUGUUUAUACAUCGAAAAAAUCCUCUAAUUAAUUUUUGUUUAAAAAAAAAUAUAUAUUGUGAUAAUGUAAAUAAACAUUUAUAUAAACAAUAUAUAUAUUAUAAGGAUAGGAAGAUUUAUAAAUAUCAACUUCGAAAUGAAUUUUUUAGAGUAAUAAAAAAAUUAAGAUAUUCAUAUGAACAUUUAUUUCAUAUGAAACAUGUUAAGAAUAAUAUAAAAAAUAAAAAGAAAUUAAUAUAUACAUCAUUAGGUGAAGCAAUUAAAUAUGAAAUAAAAAAAAUGAAAAAAGAAAAUAAUUAUAAAUAUAUAUAUAUACAAUUAUAUAUAUAUUAUAUUCAAACAUAUUUAGGUCUAGAUAUUAAUUCUUUAUCAAUUCAAUAUAUUUUUUAUAAUAUAAACUUUUUGGAUAUAUAUAAAAAUAUCUGUUGUCCUCUUGAGAUAAAUGAAAUUAUUAAGACAUUAAAAGAAAAUGUAAACAUAGAGAAAAAUAAAAUUGUUAAUAAAAUAUAUUCUUAUAAUGAUCAUAUCAAAUUAUCUUUUAAAAAUCAUAUAGAUUCUAAAUUAUAUGAUUAUUGUAUUCUAACAGUUCCUAUAGGUGUUUUAAAGGAUAGUGUUAGAUUUUUUCAUACAAAAAAAGACAAAAGAAAAAAAAAAAAUAAAAAGAAAAAAAAAGAAACGUAUGAUAUUCAAUAUAAUCAUCAAAAGAAAAAGGAAAUACAAAAUAAUAUAAAUAAAGAAAUAAAUAUAAAUAAAAAUAAAAAUAAUGAUAUAAAUAAAGAAAUACAUAUAAAUAAAAAUAAUGAUAUAAAUAAUGAUAUAAAUAAUGAUAUAAAUAAAGAUGAAAACAUUUUUAUGAAAAAAAUACAUAAGAAGAAAAAAGAUCCUAAUAAUUAUCAUGAGGAAAAUAACAAAAAUAUUCUACAAAAUAAUGAGAAAUUAUUUUUUAAAAAAAAUACAAUAUAUAUGAAUAAUUCAGAUAAUAUAAGUGAUUAUUUAAUAGAUAAUAUUGAAUUAACAACAAGCGAAAAGGAAAAUAAUAAUAUGAAUGAAACAGAUAUGCAAAAGGAUAAAAAUAUAAGUCAUAAUAAUAUGAAUUAUCUUAACAAUGUAGAGUCAAGUUCUUAUCAUCAUAAUUAUUCUUUCCAUAAUAUAACUAGCGAUGAACAAAAUAAACCAUAUGAAAAUAAACACACAUGCAUAAAAAAAAAAAAUACGAAUCUUCAGAGUUAUAAAUAUAAUCUUAAGAACAACGGUUUAUAUAAUUAUUAUUCUGAAGAAAAUUAUAUCAAAUAUAAAAAAAGAAAAAAGGAUGAUACAGAUAAUUACUCUUGUGAGGAAUCUCAACAUAAAAAGAUAGAUAAUAUAAUAAAUUGUAAGAAUGUGAAUGAAUUAGGUAAUAUAUAUAUAGAAAAUGAAAAAAAUAACAAAAAAAAUAACAAAAAAAAUAACAAAAAAAAUAACAAAAAAAAUAACAAAAAAAAUAAUAGAAAAAAUCAUAAUGAUAAAAACACAGGAUUGAUCGAAUUUAUUCCUAAGCUACCUGAAUGGAAAAUUAAUAGUAUAAAAAGAUUAGGUGUAACAAAAAAUAAUAAAAUAAUUGUAAAAUUAAAAGAACCUUUUCUUAAUUCACAUCAAAAUGUUGUUUUAUAUUUUAAUAAUGAUAAAAUAACACAUGAUAAAAAAAGAAAAGGAUACCUUAAAAAAAAAGACCAAAAUAAAUAUUAUGAAUAUGAUAAUAUAUUAGCUCAUCCAUUAAAUGUUUCUAAAAGAAAUAAGUUAUCUACACAAGAGGAUUAUUCAUUUGGAUUUGAAAGACAUAAAGAAAACAUUAAAAAGGACAACAUCAACAAUAAAAAUAAAAAUAAUAAUAAUAGUUAUAGUCAUAGUCAUAGUCAUAAUCAUAGUUGUAGUAGUAAUGAUGAUGGUGAAAAGAAAACUCAACGUAGAAAUAUAAAAAUUAAUGAAAAUAAUAAUAAUAAUACAAACAAUCAUAAUAAUAUCUCUGAUUUCCUUUCAAUGAAUGAUUUUAAAAAAAACAAGGAAGAAAAAUAUAUAGACGUUCCAAAUAAAAUAAAAAAUAAAUUAUUUUAUCACAAUGAAGAAGAUAUAUGCGAUGAAGAUAAUAUAACCACAUCACCUGAAAGAAACUCAUCUUAUAUCAUUAAAAAUAAAAAAGAAAUAACUCAUAAUACAAAUAAUGCAGAUAUACCUAAUAAUAAUUAUAUAAAUAUAUUCGAUUGCUUUCUCGAAAAAAAUAAUAAUAAAAAAAAUGACAAUAAUAAUAGUAAUAACAUUAUUAAACAAGUAUCAUAUAAUUAUAGUAUGAAUAAUCAAGAAUUAUUCAACAACACUGAAACAAAAGAGACAAAUGUUGUUAUAAAUUCAAUGAGUGAUAAUAAUGAAAAUAAUUGUAAAGAAAUAAAAAUACAAAAAAUUAAUAAUAUUAAAAAAAAUAUUUUUAGACUACCUUCAAAAAAAUGGAAAAAAGAAAUAACAUACAAUAAAGAAAGUAAAUUAAUAAAAUAUUUAAAGAAUGAAAAUUUAAUUGAUAAAAAUAAAAUUUUUCUUUCAUAUAAUAGUGAUGUAACAAUAAAUAAUCCAUUUAGUCAUAUCAUAUUUUAUAGUUCUCAUCCUGUGAUAGCUUUAUAUUUAAAGAGUAAUAUAUUAAGUAGGAAAAAAAAUAAAAAAAAAAAUAAAAAAAUAAAUAAAAAAAAAAAUAAAAAAAAUAAUAAUAUCAUCAAUAAUAAUAAUAUUACAUAUAAUGAUUAUCCUAGUUAUAACCCCUAUUGUGAUCAAUCGCAAAACAUUAAGAAAAUGUGCAGACACUUUCUUAAUAUAAUGCUUCCAGGUCUUAAAAUUGAAAAGAUAUAUUUUUAUGAUUGGAAUAAUAAUUAUUUUUUUAGAGGAAACAUUUCUUAUUUAAAAAAAAAAAGCUUGAUAAUAGAUAAAGAUAUCUUGUCAUUCCCUAUUAAGAGAUUAUUAUUUGCAGGUGAACAUACAUAUCAUAGUGAAUGUAAUUCUUUAGUAAAUUCUUAUCUGAGUGGAAAAAGAGAAGCAUAUAGAAUCAUUGAACGUCUUAAUAAAAUAAUAUAUAUGGAUAAGCUAACCAAAUGUUUUUAUAACAACAAUAAUAAUAAUAAUAUAUAUAAUAUUUAUAAUAUUUAUAAUAUUCAUAAUAUUCAUAAUAUUCAUAAUAUUCAUAAUAUUCAUAAUAUUCAUAAAAUUGAUUAUGAUGAUGAUGUAAAGUCGUCUUUAUUAUAUAAAUAUAAACCAAAUAAUUCUAAAGAAACCAUAAUAAAUAAUAUAUAUACAAACUGUUUUAUCUAUAUAUAUGAUGAUGAAAUGAUAGGAUUAAAUAAAAAAGAAUAUGAUAUGUGGUUUAAUAAUAUAAGAUGCAUAUUCUGUAAUGAAACACAAAGUAUAAAUAAAUAUUUUAUAGGAAUAAUAAAAUUAAAACAUCGUAACGGUAAGAAUGUUAAAUAUACAUGUCAUAAAGAAUGUCUUUAUUUUAAUAAUUAUACUUUCAAUCAUAUAUAUGGAAAUAGAUAUUUUAAUUUAACUAUAUUAUUUAAUCAUCUAUAUCAUAAAAAAUGCUCUAUAUGCUUAUUUAAUUUCCCAUCUCUUAAAUGUAGUAUAUAUAACUGUUAUAAUUUUAUUCAUCUUAAUUGUGCUUAUAAUUUUUUAUCAUGGCCCAAUUAUUCUAAAACAAGCAGACAUGAAAUCUUAUAUUGUUAUGAACAUCAAUAUAUGCAUGGAACCAUUCAUAAUUAUCAUGGAAUCAAAAAUAGAAAUACUCAACCUAAUAUAAAAACAAAUAAACUUAUUUUUAAAAAUAAUAAAAAAACAAAAAGGAAACAACAAAAUAUAAUAACUCUAAGUGAUUCAAUAUCGAACAGUAACAAUAGUAAUAAUAACAACAGCAACUACUACAAUAAUAAUAACAACUACUACAAUAAUAAUAACAGCAACAACUACUACAAUAAUAAUAUCGUGCAAGAUAUUUUUAUGGACACUAACAAAUAUUGGAAUAAUCAAAUUAUCGAUCAUUCUGAUGAUCCUUAUAAAAAAGAAAAAGAAAAAGAAAAAGAAAAAAAACAAAUUAUAAAUAAUGAUAUAAUACAUGAUAAUAUAAUAAAUUAUAUUAUAAAAAAUUAUAUAAAUAAUAAUAACACAAGUGAUAAUAAUAUAAAAAAUGAUAACCUAAUAAAUGAUAUUAUUCAAAAUAAUUAUAUGGAUAAAAAAACAAAAAAUGAUUAUAUCGAAAAUAAUCUUAUUGACAAUACAUUCAAUUAUAAUAAUCAUAAUAUAAAUAGACUCUCCAUAGAUACAUUAAGUGAUAACAUACAUACAAAUAUUAGCACUUUAUUAAAAUAUUAUAAAAAUAAAGGAAAUAAUAAUGACCAGUUCUUUACACUCUUAAGAAAACAUUAUCUUAAUUUUAUAAAUGAACAUUUAUACAAAUAUAUUAUGAACAAAUAUAAACACACAUAUCCUUCUUAUGAUUAUCACAAUGAUAUUUCAUACAAUUCAUUAUAUCCAUCUGUAGGCAAUACAUAUGAAAAUUAUUAUAUAGAAAAAAUAAACAAUACAAAACAAAAUUUUAUAUAUCCUACACAUAAUAUAAAAUAUAGACACAAUAAAAAUCUUAUGUUACAUCCAAUGAGGAAUGACUUAUAUAUAUCUAAUGCAUCGAAUAAACAAAUCGAUUCUUAUGAAAAAAAAAAUAAUAAAUAUUGGGAUCAGACAGAUGAGUAUCUUACAGAUGUCAAAAUAUAUCAGCCCUUACAAAAUGUAAUACAAGAAAAAUCAAAACCUAAUAUGAAUGAUAAAAUAAAAAACAAAAUUAAUUAUGAACAUAUAAAUUAUGAAAAAAAUGAAGAAGAAAUAUCUGAUAUGAUACAUGAUAUACCAUACGAUAAAAUGAAAGAAAUAAUAUAUAAUGAAAAAUGUAGAGACAUAUAUAAAGAUAUACAUAUAGACAAUUCUUUUUUAUCUAAUAAAGAUAUUUUGUUUUUUAAAAGUUUAUUUGAAGAUAAAAAUAAAAAUAUUUAUCAAACCGAAUAUAAUCGAAUCACUCAUAUUAAUACAAACAAUAAAUAUGAUACACAUAUAUAUAAUAAGAAUAUUCAAAGAAACUCUAAUUCUUAUAAUCCUAAACAAUUAAAUAUAGAUUCUGAUAAUGAUAUAAUCAAUAAAUAUAAUAAUAUAUGUAAAUACAACAAUUUUUAUAAUAACAAUUUAUUUUGUGACAUAGAUAAGAAUAAUAACAUUAAUAAUACAUAUUAUAAUACACAAGAACAAAGAAAAUAUCCUAUAUAUCAAAAAAGUAUGUUUUAUGAUACUGAUGAAAAAAAAUAUACACACAAAUAUAACAAUUCAUUAAUAUGUAGAUUAUUAUCAAACUAUUAUAAACAAAUCAGAAAAGAAAAAAAAAGAUUAAUACACAAUCGGUCUUGUUUAAAAAAUGGUAGUGUGCCUUUAGAAACACAAACGUAUAUAAAUAUUAAUAGAAAUACUACAGGUGAUAAUAUUAAUGGUGCUGAUAUCAACAGUAGUGAUACAAACAGUAGUAAUAAUAAUAAUAGCUCUUCCAAUUCUAUAGAAAUAUCUGAUUUUUCAAAAAAAUUUUGGUCUUCAUCUGUUUCUUCUAGAGACCCCUAUCUCUCACAUAUAAAUAGAAAUAUGACAUGCAAUAUUAACAAAAAAAAUGAAAAAAAAAAUAUACACACUGAAGAAUCCUUAUGUACCUCUGCAAGUAAUAUAACAUAUUUUAAUACAGAAAAGGUAGAUGUAGAUGUAGACAAAUAUUUAAAACAAGAUAUAUUAAAUAAUGAGUAUAAUGAAAAUAUUCUUCAGAUGAAAGAACAUGAAUUAGGAUUACCAUAUGAUUCAAAUAGAAGAACUGAAAAAAGGGUACACACGCAAAAUAGAAACGAUAAAUCUGAUAAUAUGAAAAAAAUAAAUCAUAUGGAUGAUAUAAAAAAUAAUUUUAUUCCUCAUAGUAAUAUACCAUAUUAUAAAAAUACAGAAUUUUACGCCCCACCUAAAAAGCAUACGCAGCAUCAUAAUAUUUUACAAAUUGAUCAUAUGACAAACGAUAAGAACACAUAUAAGAAUAAGAUACCUAAAGACCAGAGCUCUAUAAGAAAACAAACUUAUCCACCUGAUUUAAAUAUAUUAAAUGAAAAAAAAAAUAGUAAUAAGGAUUUAUUAAAUUAUAAUAAUAAUAAAUUAGAACUUUUAUAUAACCUAUAUCUUCAACAUAAUAAAUUAAAAGAAAAAUUACAUGCAGAUGCACAAAAAGAAAAUAAACAUCAUUCUAUAGAAAAUGAAUUAUUAGAAAAUUAUUAUAAAAUAUUAUAUCGAAAUAUACAAUCUGAUAAUAUGAGUGGAAGGGGUUUCUUUCCAAAGCUUUCUGGUGAAACAAAAAAAAAACACGAUGAUAAUAAUAAUAAUAAUAAUAAAUAUUAUGAUGAUAAUAAUAAUAAUAAUAAAUAUUAUGAUGAUGAUAAUAAUAAUUAUUAUUAUGAUGAUGCACAGAAAAAAAUAUUUUAUAGAAGACAAGAAAAUAAAUAUGUAGACCCAGAAAGGACAAUAAUAAAUAAAGAAGUGUUAUAUGAUAAUUACAACAAGCCAACAUUUUUAAAUAUUAACAGUAUGAAUAAUAUAAAUAUGACAAGUGAUACACUGAAUAGAAAUAAUCAAGAUAAUAUAAAUAAAAAAUAUAUAAACAAUGAUGAUGGUGAUGAUAAUAAUAAUAAUAUAUGUAUAGACAAAUGUAAUAGUAAUAUGAAAAAAAAAAACUUCAUGAAAAUUUUAAAAAAUAAAGAAACAAAAAAAAGUACAAAUAAAACAUAUGAUCAAAAUGUACACAUAGAAAAAAAAUUAUAUCUAAAAAAAAAUAUGAAAAACAUAAAAAAUAAUGAACAUAUAAAAUUAAUACAAAAAAAUGUUGCUAUUAUAAAUAAUGAACCUGAAUAUAAUUUAAACCAAUCUUCUCAUAAUAAUAUAUUAAUAAAUGAUAUUACUAAUGUGGAAAAAAAAAAAAGAAGAAGAAAAAAAAAAAAUACAAUACAUCAAAAUUGUAUGUUCAAAAAAAAAAACACAGAAAAUUAUCAUGCUACUAAAGAACCAUAUGUAAAUCUACUUAUUAAAAGUUUAAGUCAAAGUAAAAAUAAAGAUCAGUUCUUGUCUAUCCUGCUCAAUAUGAAAAAAGAAAAUAAUAAUGUAAAUAUGAAUAAAGAUGACAAUAUAUGUGAUAAUAAUAUAAAUGGAAAUAAAUACGAUAAUAUUACAAAUGGCAAUACAUGUGAUAAUAAUAUAAAUGGCAAUGCAUACGAUAAUAUUACAAAUAACAAUACAUGUGAUAAUCUUAUUAAUAGCAAUAUAUUUAAAAAUUCUAAUCAAAAUUUUGUAGACCUAAAUAAAUGUGAAGAAAGAAAUUCACUUACUAAUAUACCUUCAAACAAUUUUCAAAAAAAAAGAAAAAGAAAAUUAUUUCCAUCUGUAGAAAAUAUAAAAAACGAUAUGAACUCAUAUCCAUCAGAUUUAAAAUAUAACUUAAGAAAAAAACAAAAAAAUAACAAUUACUUAAUAAAUGAUAACAAUAUGAAAGAUAUACAAAAUAUUAAUGAAUCACAAAAUAUAUUAAACAAAUUAAACUUACCUGUUGAAAUUAAUUUGGAUAUUAAUCAAAAUAUAAUCAACGACAAUUCAGAUAUGAAAGAUACUUCAAAAAUGAAAGAAAAUAUAAACAGUGGUGAAGAAAAAUAUAUAAAUAAUGUCAACGAUAAUAAUAUAAUAAAUAAACUGGAUAAAGAUAUAAAUAAUACAAUUGAAGAGAGACAAAAUAAUAAUGAUAAAAAUGAUGAUGAUAAUGAUAAAAAUGAUGAUAAUAAUAAUAAUAAAAGAAGACGAAGAAGAAGAAGAAAAAAUAAACAAAAAAGUGAUAUAGAUAAAUCAAAAAUAAAAUUAAUAAAUGAUAGUAUUCUUAUGAAUUAUGAAAAGAAUAAACAUAUCUUUAUGCCACAUAAUUAUUCACCUUCAUCUUCUUUUGAAGAUAAAGAAAAUUCAAAUAUUUUAAGUUGUUUUCUUAACAAAGAAAAAGUAAAUCAUAAUAUAAAAUGUGAUCAAAAUAAAAAUAGUUAUCUAUUAAAAGCUUUAAAUAUGAAAAAACAAGUAUAUCCACAUAAAAACAAUAACAUUCUUCAUAAUCUACAAGAAACAUUAAAAAAAGGUAUUUUUACUACACAAAAUAAAGAAAACAAAAAAUAUACUGAUGCUAACAUCUCAGGUGAUAUGCACACAAAAUUGGUUGGUUCUCAAUCUCUCAAUUCUCAUAUAUAUACAGAUGUAUCCAUUAAAUCAGUUCCUACAAAAAAUAAAAAAAGUUAUAGUACCUCUGAUAUAACAAUAGGAGACAAAAUAAAUGAUAAUCAUAAUGAUAAUCAUAAUGAUAAUCGUAAUAAUAAUGAUGGUGAAAAUAAUAAUUGUUAUAAUAAUAUUUAUGAAUAUGAGAAGAUAUUAAAAAUAUUAACAGAUAAUAAAAAUUUUUGGGAAAAAAUUAAUUUGACAAGAAGCCAAAGUAAUGUAUUAUUACCCACACAAGAAACAAAUGCAAAUAUUAAUAAUCAUCAUAACAGUUUAUUAAAUAAAAAAAAUAAUAAAACGUUUGAUGAUAAUUUAUUAGAUAUAUAUAAGCAAUUUAAGAAAGUAGGAGCAAUAUCAAAAAUAGGAAACGUCAAAGAUAAUAAAGAUGAUCAUAAUAAUAAGAGUUGUAGUGAUUCAGAAAAGACAAAUGUAUUUGAUUUAGACCUUCUAAAUAUUACUUAUUCUAAUCAGAAGAAUGAAAUACAACAUAUAAAUAAUAAAGGUAAGAAACAUAUUACAAAUGUAUUUAUGAAAAAAGCAAAAAGGAUUAACAAUAUAAAUAUGGAUAAUAAGGACACAUUAUUAACUGACGAGGAAACAAAUAUUGAUAAUAUUGAUAAUAUUGAUAAUAUUGAUAAUAAUGAUAAUAUUGAUAAUAUUGAUAAUAUUGAAAAUAUUAAUAAUAUUAAUAAUAAUAAUCAUAUUAAUAAUAAUAAUCAUAUUAAUAAUAAUAAUCAUAUUAAUAAUAAUAAUCAUAUUAAUAAUAAUAAUCAUAUUAAUAAUGUUCGUGAAAAGGAUAACUCUAUAGGAUUCAUAAAGACGGAUCAUGAUAUAAUUACAUUAAAUAUGAAAACACAAAUGAAUCAUCAAAUAAAUAAUAAUAAAGACAUAUAUACAAAUAAAGGUAAAUAUAAAAAAUAUAUAAAAAAUUAUGUUAAUAUAAAUAAUAUGAGUAAUACUAAUAUGAUUCAUAAUAAUAAUAUUAAUAAUGAUCCUUCCAAGUCAACUUGUGACAACGAUAAAAAAAAAUGA